AUGAUUCACUACGUCGAGGGCAUCAAGUCACAAGGCUCUGCCGAUGGUUUCAACACAGAGUGGUCCGAACAGCUCCACAUUGAUUUCGCGAAAGAUGCAACGGAACGAUUCAGAGCAUACCUCGACUGGCUGUUGCGGCGUGAGGAGUUAGACAACCUGGAAAGCGAUGAUGAGGAGAUUGGUGACAGCUUUGAAGGGACCAGUCACGGGAGUGACAUUGACCCCAUGGUUGACGACAUCAACGACGAUGAACCGACAUCCAACAACAACCUACCCAUCACCCACCAUCUUCCAGUCAAGCCCAGUUUCCCCUUAGUCAAUCUUGAGGACAUCGUCAAUCACUUUCAUGCAACCGACUUCCUUCCUGCUCUUACAACAUUUAUUCAACGUCACUUCCCACCUCCUCAACAACCAAUCCUCCCCAACCCAACUGAUCGAUUUGACACCUUCAAACAUCUAUCCAUUCAUUUACACAACCUCCCUGCUACGGGGUGCAGCAAUAUCCUGCAACGCAUUCGUGCAGUGCCGUUGAUCCCUGGACCUCGGAAAGACUCUGCGGCAAGCUUUGACAUCGUUUUGGUUAGGGCUGAGGGUGAAGCCAGGAAUGAGGUCACCAAGGGGACCUACUUGGAAGGUGCAGCCACCUUCAUCCUUCACAAACAUUGCCUUCGGGUAGCGCAAGUGCGCAUGUUCUUUGCACUCCCAGAUCAUCUUCGUCACAACCAUUCUAUUCCCAAGUUCCUUGCUUACAUCAAGUGGUUUAACCCUCUCCAAGCUCCUGAUCCCGACUCUGGCCUCUAUUCCGUUACACGCUCAUCUACCCGUGGCCGCCCUGUUGCUGAAAUCAUUCCCAUCUGUGAUCUUGUCUCGAGCUGCUACCUCAUUCCGAAAUUAAGUACAUUGAUCUGUCCACGUUUUAUGAGGAUCAGAACUUUCGCUAGCAUAUGA